CCCCCCGUGCUCAUGGCCAACUUCCCACAUGUCUUGAGCACUUCAGCACCCAGCCUUACCACCAGCAAGAUGCGCCAUGCGUCGCAGAACAAGCCGUCGGCAAGUGAAGAGGAACUCAAGAUGGAACUCAGCAAGCUUCCACCGCUCAACGUGGAGACUCUCACUCGAGUGCUCCGAACACUUCUUCUGUGGACGAGCUGGAUUCACGAAGACGUUGGCCACGCAUGGGCCUCUUUCAUCUACAACCCAGUCCACACUCCUGGAUUCGUGCCUGUGGAUGGGAAGGGGAUAUGCUCUCCAGCCCUGAUCUACCGUGUGGCGAUGUUCCGGAACUUUGUGGCAUUGGAAAGGAACAAGCUGACGGACCCGAUCGACGAGAUGAUGUUUUCGAAGAUGAUAUGCCCUCAAGGUGAGGCAGCGACCUCGAGUGACGAUGCGAAUCCCUGGACUUCCUGUGUGGAACAGGUGAACGGAAUUGUGGUCAAUGCCUUCGCCCAGUUUCGGCGAAGCCUGGACAAUUUGGACACAAAAGAGAUCUUCACCGAAUUCGCUCAGAACGGUUUUUACUCCCGCACCAGAUCCGUCGAGUCUUCAGCUUCUAGCUAGGAUUUUUGCGCAGGUGCCAGCUUGGGCAGCGGAGCAAAUUGG